AAAUAUCAAAUCACCAAAGGAAUAGGACAGUCUCAAUUUUAGCUUCAUCCAAACAAAAUGGAAAGCGAAGGAGACGAUUAUCCGGGGCCUGAAUCCGGCAUUGAAGGAAUCAACUUGAACGGGAGAAAUGUAGGGGCCGUGAUGGUGGCGCCUAGGGAUGUAGACGUAGCAAGUCAGAGUGGAUGCAGGGUCAACAUAUACGUGAACAGCAACGUUCAAGCGACUUGUGGGUCAGCUCUGUUUGGUAGCAAGGUCAAGCUAAGAGACCCUGGUGUUCAUCUCCAUAUCGAAGACGUUAAAAUCCCCCGCGAAGACGGAUCUAGACAGAAAGAGAUGAGGUUGAUUAAGGUUGGGUUAUGUUUGCUCUGUCUCUUUAACGUCUCUCUAGGACUCUUUCUCUUGCUCUCCUCUUGGCUCCGGAAGGAAACCUAGUCCAUAUAGAUAUCUCCCCAUCCACCCAUGUUCAUGGUGACCAGUAGAAAGGACCAUAUCCCUCGCGGAACUGUAGGAGCUGGUGUAGAUUGGACAUCUUUUGCUAAAGACACGUUUUCAAGAUAUAUGAAUGUAUGUUUUACUUACGACUGCGUCCAUGGACCCUAUGUAUAAUAUUUUGGGCUUGUGAACUUCGUUUUUUAUAUAUAUGAAAUAAAGUAUGUUUAUA